AUGCCGCUUGAGCUUAAUGACUCCUCGGCCAAAGAGAACAGUUUUGCCCACCAAAUGAAAUUGUUGCGCAACCUGCAAAACCACGUUUGUUUGCACCUGCAGGCGGGAAACAUUCCCACCCCAGACCUUGCUGUGACAUCAUAUGGUGCUCGUGUGUGUGUGUGUGUCUCCUGCAUUGACCCGCCGGUGUUUCUGUCUCUGCAGUACUUCGAGGUGCCCUUCGACUCCAACAUGAACCGCACAAAGAACCGGCCGCUGGUCCGAGGACAAAUCAGUCCCCUCCACGCCGUGUGCUUCGCCGCGGCGUGUGGCGUCCCCGGGGUGGCUCUGCUCACGCUGGCGGUGAACCCGCUGACGGGCUUCCUGGGCGCCCUCAACAUCUUCCUCUACACCUGCUGCUACACCCCGCUCAAGAGGCACAGCAUCGCCAACACCUGGGUGGGCGCGCUGGUGGGCGCCAUACCGCCCGUCAUGGGCUGGACGGCCGCCACCGGUUGCCUGGAGCCGGGUGCCUUGCUGAUGGGGGGUUUCCUGUACUGCUGGCAGUUCCCCCACUUCAACGCCCUCAGCUGGAACUUGAGGGAGGACUACUCGCGCGGCGGCUACCGCAUGAUGUCCGUCACCCACCCGGGGAUGUGCAAGCGCGUGGCCCUGCGCCACAGCCUGGGCCUCAUCGGCCUGUCGGCCGUGGCGCCCGCGCUGGGCGUCACCACGUGGACCUUUCCCCUGGUCGCGCUGCCCAUCAACCUGUACAUCAGCUACCUGGCCUUCGUCUUCUAUCGCCGGGGCGACCGCGGCAGCGCCCGCAAGCUGUUCUUCUGCAGCCUCUGGCACCUGCCCAUGCUGCUGCUGCUGGCGCUCACAUGCAAGAAGCCCCGGGGGGGCCACGAGGAGGAGGCGGCGGCGGCGGCAGCAGUGGCUCCGCCCCUCGCACUGCAGAGCUAGCUGGCUUCCAAGACGCCCCCAAAACACUUUGCAAGGCCUUUUGAGAGCUUUAUUUGAACCCCCCUCGGCGUGCUCACAGGGGCCCUGGCGCUGCGUUUUUAUCCGUUUAUUUAAAGCCGCUCGCUGCAGAUCAGGGAACGAGCUGGAAACGAUUUGGAUCCAAAUACCUGACUUGAAGCACAUGAACCAUUACAUCGGUCUGUGAUCAUAUGGAUGACGUGUCUGUGUGUGCUGUAUGUAUUCUGAAUUUAUUUAUAACGGGGCCCCCCCCCCCAGCAGCUCCUCCCCAUUCUGUACAGGACCGAUGAUGCACACCUCGUAACAUCGGGUCCACACGAGGUUCACUCUGCCGAUCGACGCCGAAUAAGAAGACAUCACGUAGCCGCGAGAUGUGUUUGAUGAUGAUGAUGAAAAUAGGAGGAAUAUCAACAGCCUGAAGCAGCUGUUCAACUUUCUAUAACCUGGUGAGAAGUGUAGGUCUGUUGAGUCUUUUCAUAACGGUUUAAUGAACACAGUCUGAAACACGAGGGCACAUAUUCUCUCUCUCUCUCUCUCUCUUUCUCUCUCUCUCUCUCAAUAAAAUGCUUCGUGAUUGUAAUCCUGUCUUUA